GAAUCGUCCCAAGCCCCUGCGACUCCCGCAACGAGCGACGGCUCGAGACCCGUCGUCUGUCAGGGCGUCAACAUGUUUUGCGAUCGCGAAGACAUCGCAGACGCGUCGCACGGUCUCGCCACCUCGACAGCCGCUCGCACACACCCUGCUCGCGUCCCGUCGUUCGCGAGUCGUCAGCAACCUAUUUCCCUUCAACGAGCCGUUGCAAAUCAACCACUGGAAUGCCCGCACGCCAGCGACAUCGCGAAUCGUUGGCAGUCGUUCGAGCGAAUGGCAACAAACUACGAGCCUACUAACGCCGUUUCCGGCCCGCAGUCUCCCGCUCCUAAGCCCGCCCUCCCCCGCAGCUUUCGUCAUAAAGCCACGAGCCGGGUGUCAGGUCCGGACGUGAAUGAGUUGGCCGUUGGGACAUCACCUGAUUCACCCGCAAUUCACAGCCAGCAGCAGCAGAAUCAGAAUCGUCCUCAACAAAAUGUUCUUAAUCAGCAGAUGCAGCAGCUUUGUCAGCAGAAGCACAGCCAGAAAACUAUCGUUCCGCCAGUGGAGAUGACUGGAGGAGGUGACGAGUCGCCCGACUAUUGGGAUUACAGCGAGAGAGACGACGCUGCUACGACUCAUAAUGAUGGAAUUGCGAAGACCUGCGCGCACUGUGGCACGUCUAAAACGCCUCUCUGGAGAAACGGCCCUCCCGGACCCAAG